AGCCACCAGGCCUGGCCAAAACAAAAACUUUGAGAAAAUAAGUAGCUUACUUGAAAGUCACAGUGGGAUGUUGUAAAGAGUAGGCAUGCAAUAAAUACUACCAACAAAGACACCUGCUUCUGCAAAUUCCCUCUCAGGUACGUUGAGGCAAUGGAGGGAUUUAUACCAAGGCAUGAAACUGCUUUCCUUCGUCUCUUGAGUAAGAGUAUGUGGCUGGCUGGGAGCUGGGUGGGAGUCUGUAAUGUUCAGGUCACUCUCAUGCUGUGUGACCUUGGGCCAACCACCAGUCCUCGGUGGGUUUUUUUCUUCAUCUAUAGAAUGCCAUGGUAGACCAGGUGCACUGGUUUGGCAUGGAGCAAGUCUGGACCAGGAAGGAGGCCAGUUGUGUCUUGGCCCUAAGCACCACUGUGCAUGGGGCUGCGGAUCCAAGAAUGGAGGCCUCCCAUUUAGGCCCCAAGCUGUCCCAACCAGCUCAUUUCUCCUGUAGCCUGCAUCCCACCACAGGCCUGGCUGGCCUCUGAGGUCUUGUUAAAAUGCUGGGCCUUGGAGACCCUCUCUGGUGGCUCCCUUUCCAUCAGGGCACAUUCUCCAGGGAGCUUUCCCUGAUCUCCAGGACAGUGCGUGGCAAGCGCUGCCCACAGUACUGGCUGUCCUGCACAAUUCCAACCUCCAUCUAACCUUCUGUACCUGAUCAUCCAGUAUUAAUUGGUCUUCACAUUUGUAUAACAUUUUUCAAUUACAAAGCACUUUUGCGGCCAUUCAUCUCUUUGAGUGGCAGCCUAAGCUGCUAUUUAUUGACACUUCCUGUGUGCCAGGCCCUUGGCUGGCCUCUUUCCAUGCAUUAUCAUGCAAUUCUCAGAGCAAUUCUGUGAAAUCCACAUUUACAGAUGAGAAAAUCAGGACUCAAGCAAGCCGGAUAUCUAGCCCUAUUGCACAGAGAUUUGAACGAAGUCCCAUGAAAUAAUCUGGGUCAUCCCUAACUUAACAACUUCUGAAGCUGUCGUAUGUGCCUAAAUCAUGGGACCUGGUUAAAAAUCAGCUUCUCAUUCCAUAGGUCUUGAGUGGGUCCCAAGAUUCUGCAUUUCUGACAGGCUCUCAGGUGAUGCUGAUGCUGUCUCUUGAAGAACCGCAUUUUGAGAAGCAAGGCCCUGAAAUCACUGGGCAAUUUCAGACCCCAGGCUGGCAAGGCUGUUUCCUUAUCUGUCAGAUGGGUGAAGUAGCCCUGGCUUACAUAGAUGGAAUGACUCCUGGAUGACAUAGUGCCUGCAAAAUGCCUGGCACACAAUAGGCGCUCAAUAAAUGUUAGCUCUUCGAUAGGAGCUGGCAUGAGUCUGGGUACACAACAGAUGCUCAAUAAAGCCUUGUCCAAUGGAUUGAGCCUAGCAUUUUUCCCAAAGGCAGAGAAUAAACUGUAUUAUGUUUCCCCUUGGAAUGAAGCCAAACUCAAUAUUAAUUUCUUUCUUGAACCACGGAGUUUCAAAAAGAAAUAAAGGCAAACUAGAGUGAUUGCAGUCGAAGCGAGCCUCUGUAAUUUCUGUAAUUACAGAACGAGAGCAAAGCAAAGCAAGCACAGCCUCAUGGAGGGAGUGGUGUGGGGUAGGGGGAGGGGAAGAACAGGUCCUACUUCUAGACCCACUGCUCCCCCUCCUUGCUUCCCUGGCUUUUCAGGGCUCCCCACUCACUCCAUGGUGGGGCCAUGGCCUGGGACAAUGGCAGCCCUGAGACUCCAGCCCUGACCUCUUGGUCUCUGCCUAGGUCCCCACUCCACGCAGCCGCCUGUCCCUCUGAUGCAGUGGGACAGAGGGAGAUUGUCCAAGGCGGCUUCCACACACUCCCCUCCCCCUUGCCUGCCAUCUGGUCCAGGGCUGGGCUGCUCACAGCCAAUCAUCCAGCAAGGCCCACGGCCCAAGGGCGCCACCUCCAGAAUAGAUUGUGGGUGCCAGUGCCACUUCCCCAACUUCUGCCGGUCCAGCGACCCCCAUGCAAGCCGCUGUCAUCUCUCUGGACAGGCAGCCUCUGAUUAUGUCUCCCUGCUUCCCCCUUGCCCCUAUGCAGCCUCUUCUGGGCAGCCAGAGGGAGACUCUUCCCCCACCACUGCAACCCCCCACUUCCUCCCAUCCCACUUAGAAUGAAACCUGAAUUCUUGCUGUGGCCUCUGACACGUGUGUGACCUGGCCCCUGCCCAACACCUCCUCCUGAAUCCGUUUCCUCUCACACUGCUCACACUGGACUUCAGCCACUUUGGCCACCUUGGUGUCUUUCAAAGGUGCCAGGCUCGUUCCUGCCUCAGGGCUUUUGCACUUGCUGCUCCCUCUGUUUGAAAUACUGUAUCCCAGAAAGUCCCAUUUCUGGCUCCUAAUUCAGACUGAAUGUUUUUUUCUCAGGCCAAAUAAAACAAGCCCAAGGGCCAGUUUUGACCCAUUUUGCCACUUCUGAUGUAGGGCUUCCAAACUGUACAUGUUUUCUUUCCCUAACAAAGCAUCUUGUCAUUCAGAGAUUGGCAGAGGAAUUCUUUGUGCUUGGUUUGGCCCCAUUUUUAUCAAUGGCUUUAACACUUGGUCAUAGAGCAUACACUGAGGAGGGAUGGGAUAUCCUGGGAACGUUUCUCCAUCUUCCUGCCUGGAGUGUCUUUCACUAACUCCAUCCUUCCCAGAGGCCCCAUGAGCGAGUCAUCUUCUGGUUUACUAAUCUGAUCCCAUUAUCAGCCCUGUCCCAUCCCUGCAGCUAGUCCCUAAGUUCCUCAGCCCAGUGUCCAAGACCCUUCACAUACAGACCUUCCUAGCUUCACACUUUGUACUUUAGUACACGUGUUUCCCUCCACUUGGAACACCUUUUCUCUCUUUUUAAACCUGAUGAAUACUUAUUCAACCUUCAAAGCCCUGCUCAAGUGACCCCUUGUCUAGGAUGCGUUCUCUGGCUGUAUUAACGCGUUUCUUCUAGGCCUACCGUGUCUUGUUCUUACACCUCUUGCAGCACUAUCACAGGGUAUUAUGAUCAGCUAUAGGCAGAAAUAUUUCUCCUUCUAGGCCAUGACCUUGACAAGGGCAAGUGUCUUGUCUUACUAAAUUCUCACACCCUGAGUAUCCACCCCAGCUCCACGCACAUAGGAGGCCUCACUAAGUAUUUACAGAAAUGAAUCUUUCUGCUGGAACCUGUUAGUUCACUGAUUCAGAUUCUGGCAACCAGGGUGUAGUUCAGAAUAUAAAAUGCUUGAAGAGAUGGCUCCAUUGUCGUUUCAGCACACAGCAUGUGCUCAGUACAUACUUGCAGAAUGAAUGUGUUAGUGAGCGAGUACAGAGGACCUGACCUGUCGUCACUGGUGGUCUCACAUUAGUAGUGCCCUGUGAACGUGGCUUUGGUGGAAUUAAGUUAAUCAUGGUAUAGUAUGCACCUGAAGGAACGUGGAGCCGGAUUCUGGGUCUCAGAAUGUUGUUACCUGAUGAAGAAGAACGGGAAGACGCUGGAAGAAGGCUUUGGAAAAAUGCCCAGAUCAUGAGAAGGUGAGAGGUGUUUCUUCUGCCUGCUCCACCAGCCGGUAGAGGAGGCUGAUCACAGACUGGCACUCAGGACAAGGUGGAAGAAACAUGUGGUCUUGCCACUACAGAAUCACAGAGCUGUCCUCCAACAUGAUCCCAGAGAGCCACAAAAUACAGGGGUGUGUCUCAGGAAAGGAAAAGUAACAACUUGCAUAAAGGUUGGUUUUGCUUCAGAGAAAUGUUCUAGAAAGACAGCCAAGUUACCCUGCCGUGAACUCACACACACCUGUGCUUUCUGCAUGUUAUUUUUCAUAGGAGAGGGAAGUGCCAGGAAUUAAAAUUGCCAAAGCACUGUUCCCCAGGUGUGCGGGUGAGGCAUGCUUCUUGGGACCACUCCAUUUAAGUGUUGGGUCCCAGGCGCGUUCACUAGCAGGAGGCUCUUUAUCAUUUUCCUCCCAUGGACUAGAUGUUUGGGAUUUUUUUUUACUACCAGACUUUAUUACAGAAUAAUUAUUUUUGUAUUAACAAACACAUGUACCACUCCCAGCUUCUGACUGGCCCAAGGUGCUGAGCUAGACUUCUUUGCUUUGGUACAAAGAGAGCCCAAUGCCAAGAGACUUGACAUUUCUGUUAGCUGGUAUUCCCCAGGGGGACUAAAAGGAUGAUUUCCAUUGGAGUUUUUAAAAUGCUGAAGACACUGAAAGACCUGAAUAGUAAACCCUUAAUAAACGUUAGUCGGCAUUAUUAUUGUUGUUGUUGUAGCCUUCUGGGAAGUUGUGAAUGCCAGAUUAAGAACAAUGGAUCCAUACUCGGUGGCAAUUGCAGUGAUAACAAUGACUGAGAUUUCCUAAGCCCUAACUAUGUGCCAGGCAUGGUUGUACACGCUUAACACACAUGAUCUCAUUUAAUCAUCACCAUAACCCUCUGAAGGAGGUAUUAUUAUCCUCCCAUGUUACAGAUGAGGGUCAGAGAGGUGAAGUAACUCACCCAGCAUUAGCAGGUGUUGGAGGGAGCCGAGGUCUGUCUGACUUAGCACUAGGGUGGCUUUGCCGCUGUGUAAGUCAAAGAGCCUUCUCAGUCCUAAAUCCUCAAAGAAGUUUGAGUUGUAUCAAUUCAUGGCUUUACUUCGUUUAUCUUCAUAUGUGCCACAUCUUCUAAAAGGAAAACUCCAAAUAUAGUCAUGUGGCUCUUCCUAGGGAAGUUAUAGGCAUUUAGCUGAAUCUGAAUACAUAUCCCCAUAUUCCAGAAAUUGGAAAUCACAUGUAUGUCUUCUUUAUGGUGGGGUCUUCAGAGCAGCCACCAUCUCUGAUUGCUCAGGGCUUGGCAUGAGGAGGUGCUCAAUAUAGUCAUGGAGAAGAACUCAUGGACUGAACAUCCUGGUGAACCAGAGGGAUGGUGCAGAGAUUUAAGAUUGCAACAGGAACCCCCAAGCCAAUGUAAGCAAAACAUCUGUUUCAUGACUAUGGGAAUAUUUUGUAAAAUCCAAGUACCAGCCUGAAGAAAGCCUGGAACUGCAAACCAGGAGCUUCAAGACACUCUAUCUUUUGAUCUCUAGUUCUCUCCUUCCUCAGCAGACCAACUCUCACUCUGAGUACAAGAUGGGCAGAGGAUGACUGCUCCAGAGUUCCCAAGUCACUGGCAAAACUGCCCCUCUUCCUGGGUCCCCUGCCAAAUUUCCAGGGAAGGAAUUUGAUUGGCUAGCCUGGGUCAAGUGGUCAGUCUUGAUCCAAGGUGAUUGGAUCAUUUUGAACAAAUAUGACAGCUGGAGACCACAAGGGUAGAUCAUGGGACAGUCAAGGCCAUCAUUGUUAGGACAGUUAAUGGCUGAGGCUGCUCUCUCCUGCAUAUCCCAAGACUCCCUGGUAGACCACAGAAUCGGCCGCCUCCUACUUCCUGCCAUUCUCGAGGAGGGGAGGCAGGCACCCUACUGAGUCCAGAGCUCUCUCUAACAUUGCCAUGCCCAGGCCAGGAUCUAGAUGGGCAUCCAAGACCAGCCUUGUGCCGUGAAGGAGCUCAAAGUGAGCAGGCCAUCCCUGAGAACGAGGAGCAGGGGUGGCAGGAAAGUUUGGAUGAUCUGAAGAUGGCCUGGUUCUCCGUGAACUCUGGGAGGAGAAGAUGGUGUUUGGUAAUGGGGACUGCAUGUGAAGGGCUGGAGGGCCAGUCCACAGCAGACUGGGCCCUCACUGGGCAAAGCUGCAGGGUGGAGGUCACGGGGGGAGGGCCAGGGUCACACUGCACCUUGCUUUGGCGCAGCUCCCACCUCUGAGGGUCCGCAGACUGGUGCUUCACAUGUUCUGGUUGUUCCGAGGGUUCCACAAGUUUAUUUUGUGUUAUAUUAUUAAUUUAAAUCACUUUUGUAGAACAUUAUAGAAAUUUAAAAAAGCACAAAGAAGAAAACAAAAGUCACUCAUAAACUAAGCAUUGUAGUCAUCUUUGGAUAUAUCCUUUUUUAAAAUAAAUUUGGGGGGAGGGGGCAAAAAUUGGAUAAUUCGAAAUAAACUCUCUGGAAACCUGCCUUUCUCACCCCAAAACAAGGUGCUCUUUCUCGUGUUCUUAUGUGGCCUUUUUGUAACAUUUCCACGAGUUUGGAUGGAGGAUGGAGAAAAGUCUCAGCAGCCCCUCUGUUGGUUUCUCUUCUCCUCUGAUAAAAUUAUGGAAUGUCUUCUCCACGCUGCCCUCAUCCCACCCCCACAGCUGUCCCGAGGGCAGCAGGCCCCACUCCUGCAUGUUCCCAGCACCCCGAGGGCCAGUGCCAUGCUGCAUGGACUCGCUGCGGCCACCCUGGCUGGGGAUGCUCUGCGGGACACACGCACAGCCCGGACGACCUGGCAGGCUUCCUGCACCCCCGCUGCCCUCUGUAGGAGCUGCCUGCCUGCCCCACCGCUGCUUCGCCAUCCCUCCUCUCCUUCCCUUCUCUGUUUUGCAGGCUCUCACCCAGAGUGGCAGAAGGAGCCCUUCUGGAGCUGACCUACCCCCGACGACCAUCAGGGUGCCCUUGAGCCGCAAAACUGCUGUCCACGUGGACCGGGGCUGACAUCGCACGUCCAUCUGCCAGGACCCCUGCGUCCAAAUUCCGAGACAUGGCGACCAACGGCAGCAAGGUGGCUGAUGGGCAGAUCUCCACCGAGGUCAGCGAGGCCCCUGUGGCCAAUGACAAGCCCAAAACCUUGGUGGUCAAGGUGCAGAAGAAGGCAGCGGACCUCCCCGACCGGGACACGUGGAAGGGCCGCUUCGACUUCCUCAUGUCCUGUGUGGGCUAUGCCAUCGGCCUGGGCAACGUCUGGAGGUUCCCCUAUCUCUGCGGGAAAAAUGGUGGGGGAGCCUUCCUGAUCCCCUACUUCCUGACGCUCAUCUUUGCGGGGGUCCCACUCUUCCUGUUGGAGUGCUCCCUGGGCCAGUACACCUCCAUCGGGGGGCUGGGGGUAUGGAAGCUGGCUCCUAUGUUCAAGGGCGUGGGCCUUGCGGCUGCUGUGCUAUCAUUCUGGCUGAAUAUCUACUACAUCGUCAUCAUCUCCUGGGCCAUCUACUACCUGUACAAUUCCUUCACCACGACACUGCCGUGGAAACAGUGUGACAACCCCUGGAACACGGACCGCUGCUUCUCCAACUACAGCAUGGUCAACACCACCAACAUGACCAGCGCUGUGGUAGAGUUCUGGGAGCGCAACAUGCAUCAGAUGACAGACGGGCUGGAUAAGCCAGGUCAGAUCCGCUGGCCACUGGCCAUCACGCUGGCCAUCGCCUGGAUCCUUGUGUAUUUCUGUAUCUGGAAGGGUGUCGGCUGGACUGGAAAGGUGGUCUACUUCUCAGCCACGUACCCCUACAUCAUGCUGAUCAUCCUGUUCUUCCGCGGAGUGACGCUGCCCGGAGCCAAGGAGGGCAUCCUCUUCUACAUCACACCCAACUUCCGCAAGCUGUCCGACUCUGAGGUGUGGCUGGAUGCGGCGACCCAGAUCUUCUUCUCAUAUGGGCUGGGCCUGGGGUCCCUGAUCGCUCUUGGGAGCUACAACUCUUUCCACAACAACGUCUACAGGGACUCCAUCAUCGUCUGCUGCAUCAAUUCGUGCACCAGCAUGUUCGCAGGAUUCGUCAUCUUCUCCAUCGUGGGCUUCAUGGCCCAUGUCACCAAGAGGUCCAUUGCGGACGUGGCGGCCUCAGGCCCUGGGCUGGCGUUCCUGGCAUACCCAGAGGCGGUGACCCAGCUGCCUAUCUCCCCACUCUGGGCCAUCCUCUUCUUCUCCAUGCUGCUGAUGCUGGGCAUUGACAGCCAGUUCUGCACUGUGGAGGGCUUCAUCACAGCCCUGGUGGAUGAGUACCCCAGGCUCCUCCGCAACCGCAGAGAGCUCUUCAUUGCUGCCGUCUGCAUCAUCUCCUACCUGAUCGGCCUCUCUAACAUCACUCAGGGGGGCAUUUACGUCUUCAAACUCUUUGAUUACUACUCUGCCAGUGGCAUGAGCCUGCUGUUCCUCGUGUUCUUUGAAUGUGUCUCUAUUUCCUGGUUUUAUGGUGUCAACCGAUUCUAUGACAAUAUCCAAGAGAUGGUUGGAUCCAGGCCCUGCAUCUGGUGGAAACUCUGCUGGUCUUUCUUCACACCAAUCAUUGUGGCGGGCGUGUUCAUUUUCAGUGCUGUGCAGAUGACGCCUCUCACCAUGGGAAACUAUGUUUUCCCCAAGUGGGGCCAGGGCGUGGGCUGGCUGAUGGCUCUGUCUUCCAUGGUCCUCAUCCCCGGGUACAUGGCCUACAUGUUCCUCACCUUAAAGGGCUCCCUGAAGCAGCGCAUCCAAGUCAUGGUCCAACCCAGCGAAGACAUCGUUCGCCCAGAGAAUGGUCCCGAGCAGCCCCAGGCCGGCAGCUCCACCAGCAAGGAGGCCUACAUCUAGGGUGGGGGCCGCUCGCCGACCCGACACUCUCACCCCCCGACCUGGCUGAGUGCGACCCCCACUUGAUGUCUGAGGAUACCUUCCAUCUCAACCUACCUCGAGUGGCGAGUCCAGACACCAUCACCACGCAGAAAGGGGAGGUGGGAGGACAGUUAGACCCCUAGGUGGGCCCUGCCGUGGGCAAGGAUACCCGGUGGCUUCCGGCACCCGGCGGGCUGGUGACCUUUUUAAUCCAGGCUCCAUCAGCGUCCCACGAUCGGCCUUGGUAACCGCCGCGGUAGAUCAUUUUUAUCCCGCCAGGGAGCGUGAUGCAGCGAGGCCACAUGUGCUCCUGGCUUUUAAACCUGUUCCUGACUGUUCUCUUACUGCCGAAACCCAUGACUGUUAUCUCGGACUUUGCAGGAGUUACUUUCCCUCUGAACGCUGCUCCAUGCACAGGAAAAGGGCAUUUUGUACAAUGGGGACUUCCCGGGAACGCUUGCUCUUAAGUACCAGAAGUCAGUGGAGCUCUGGCUUUCGUGUUUUGGUUUUCUCCUUCCCAAGGCAGCUGGACAAAAAAAAAAAAAAAAAAA